AUGGCCGAUGGAAGCGCAGAUGCGGCACCUCAGAAACCGUCGCCGCCUGUUGGGUUUGGUGCCAGUAGAAUCAGCCAAGCUUGUUUGGCAUGCCGAAGGAAAAAGGUAAAAUGUGACGGACAAAGUCCGUGUCAUAAUUGCAGCUCACGAUGCUUGACCUGCGAGUAUCCGAAAAGCAGUGACAACGCGUCCUCCAGUCGACAGUAUGCCAGCUCUCUCGAAGAAAGAUGCCGGCAACUCGACCAGUUCUGUGGCAGACUCGAGUCCUUGUCCAUUGAAUUAACAGAGUCAAUCCUCGAGAUUAAGAAUCUGAGGCACGCUCCUCCGGAUAUGAACUUGAGCAUAGACGACGAGCUACAGCAGGCGGCACACGCCCUCCAAUCUCUUCCAACUGUAUAUAGUGGUAGCAUACCUGCCAUGAAUGAGUUAUCCAUAGAAGUCAAUGCCACGCCGGAUGCUGGCCAUGAACUAAUCUCGGAACAUGCACAAGACAACAUCAGCGAUACCAAUAACGAGCAGGAGAUAUCGGACGAGAGCAUAGAUGACGACGACUUUGGCUUAUCGAAGGAUAAUGGUGAAACCAAAGGCAUACCUAGCAAAUUUGGAUCGUUGGUGACGGACUCGUACGGGAAACUACGGUACUUGGGUGGAGCGACAAAUCACGUAUUGGUUGAGGCGGUCAAAGGACUCUCUCCUGGUUCCCUCACUUCCAUCUACAACUCAUCGCCCGGAUCAUCGAACCUUGGCCAAGGCUCAUUCAACCAUCCUGAAAUUGCUCCUCCAGAAUUUGAGAUUCCUUUAUUUGUUCGUGGUCAAAGAUGGCAGGAAUUGCCCUACCUUCCACGAGCCGAAGACGUUCCCCGGCCUCCUAAAUACGUUGCGGACCUCCUCGUCAAUUUAUACUUCGACCAGCUGCACUACACUUUUCCAGUUCUUUAUAAACCACAUUUCAUGUCCUGCUACAGACAAAUGUCUUCGCCGCCCCCAGGCUCGAACGACACGGUGGAUGCGAAGUUUCUGUCAGUAUUCUUUGCUGUCUGUGCUUGUGCCUCGACACUUAUUCCCCUGGAUGGGAAAUCAACGUCUUUCCCAGGACUGGAUUAUUACCAGAAGUCAUUGAUCCUCUACUAUGCAUCGACGGGGGAGGCUUCCGCUGAGAGGGUCCAAUGCAUUGCCUUGCUGGCAAUGUGCGCUGGAGGGUGGAAUACGCUGACCCAAAGCUGGACGUUUGCGGGACAGGCCGUCCGGGCGGCGCAGGACUUGGGUAUGCAUCUUAGCAGCCUAACUGCAGUUUCUACCGAGCCGUCAGACUUGAUAAAGCAACAAUUAUCGCGGAGGAUCUGGUGGUCUGUUUACUGCCUCGAUAGAGUCACAUCUAUAUGUCUAGGCCGCCCCAUGGCUGCCGAUGAUGCAGACUGUCAUUGCGAUCUGCCUAUAGACAAGAAAGAUGAAGAGUUGGAGGCAUAUUUUCAGAAUGCUGAACCUUCUGUUGAGAGCCCGACUAUGACAACAUCGUCUCCGAUGACUGGCUUCGUGGCAUUCAUCCAGCUCUGUCGCAUAGGGGGAAAGAUACAAAAACUUCAUUCACCAUCCCGGAUAAGAGAGCUCCAAGAUGCUAAAAAAGCAAGGAAGUUCCUCCGCUCCGUUGUUUCUCUCCAGAAAGCCCUGGACCGGUGGCUUGCAGGACUGCCAGAUGAUAUUCGCUUCUCUGCAAAUGCUACCGAGAGGGGUCCCAAUCUGACCAUGUGUGUCAUCAUGUUUAUUGUCCAUGCUGGAUCACUUUUGAAUCUUUAUAGGUCAUUGUCAGGUAGUGCCGCGCAAGCAACACUGGGUUCUCAUGGCGACGAGGCCAUGUCUCACUGUGUCAGCGCGGCUCGAAGUUGUAUCAACGCCGCAGAACUUGUUCGAGAACUGGUUCCUCCAUCGCACCAUCUUGCUUUUUGCGUCCAUUAUCUGACUCUAUCGGGUUUAAUCUUGUGGGCUCUCUUGUCACUUCCACUUUGCCAUGGCUAA